AAACGUCAUUAUCUAACACGUAUUGAUCACGUGAUGACAGUAUUUCCGGAGAUUGACCGGAAGUAAAUUUAUGCUGGUUGUAAAGACGAGCUCGCUGAAAGAUGAAUACUCGUGGACUGCGCUCUCAGCUGAAGGACAGUGUUCCUGUGACAGGUCUGUGUCCACAGGCAGGUCCGUAUGGGGUACAAGACACACUACGUAGAGGGUUCUCUAGUGUAAAGAAUGAGCUGCUUCCAAGUCAUCCUUUGGAGCUUUCUGAGAAAAAUUUUCAGCUUAACCAGGACAAGAUGAAUUUCAACACGCUAAGGAACAUUCAGGGACUCCAUGCACCACUCAAAUUACAGAUGGAGUACAGAGCAGCCAGACAGAUUCAGCGAUUGCCUUUCCUGCCCAGUUCAAAUCUGGCCCUGGAUACACUCCGAGGUAGUGAUGACACAAUUGGCUUUGAGGACAUCCUCAACGAUCCUGUCCAGUGUGAGAUGAUGGGUGAGCCUCACAUCAUGACUGAAUACAAGUUUGGUCUCCUGUGAGGAUGGUUCUUCUGCACUAUAUAUUCUCCCCAUAGCCUGAUAGAUUGUGUGAUGUGAACUGUUCUGUUUCUAAUAAAAUGUAAAAAUUU